GUUAUCAGACAGCCAGGCACAGGCUACUCACCUCCCUCCUUUCUCCUCUUCUUCUCCUUCUUACUUCUUUUCUGCAUCUUAUUGCAAUCCCGUCAUCAUUCCUGUAUGGUGGAUAUUAUUUUCAACUCUUCUUUCUUGGGUGAUAUGGGGGAUCAUUCCAAAAAGAAGUCCGGAUUCGCGAUGUGUGUAGGCUGUGGAAGUCAGAUACAUGACCAGUACAUUCUGAGAGUUUCCCCGGACCUGGAGUGGCAUGCAGCCUGCCUGAAGUGUGCAGAGUGCAACCAGUACCUGGAUGAGACAUGCACUUGCUUCGUACGGGACGGAAAAACCUAUUGCAAAAGAGAUUAUGUAAGGUUAUUUGGAAUAAAAUGUGCAAAAUGUAACCUGGGAUUCAGCAGCAGUGAUUUGGUGAUGCGAGCCCGGGACAACGUGUACCACAUCGAGUGUUUCAGAUGUUCUGUGUGUAGCAGGCAGCUCUUGCCGGGGGAUGAGUUCUCUCUCCGGGACGAGGAGCUGCUGUGUCGGGCGGACCACAGUUUACUAAUGGAGCGGAGCUCCGCCGGAAGCCCAAUCAGCCCCGAACAUAUCCACUCCAACAGAUCACUACACUUAGCAGCAGAGCCGGUGACAGUACGGGCACCACACCGAAACCACGUCCACAAGCAGUCAGAGAAGACAACACGAGUGCGAACCGUUUUGAACGAGAAACAGCUCCACACGUUACGGACCUGCUACAACGCCAAUCCGCGGCCAGAUGCGCUAAUGAAGGAACAACUGGUGGAAAUGACCGGCCUCAGCCCAAGGGUUAUUCGAGUUUGGUUCCAGAAUAAAAGAUGCAAAGACAAAAAGAGAUCUAUUCUCAUGAAGCAACUUCAGCAGCAGCAACACAGUGAUAAGACUGUAAGCAUAUUCAGUCUACAGGGGCUCACAGGUACGCCUCUGGUUGCCAGAAGCCCUAUCAGGCACGACAACACGGUGCAGGGUAACUCGGUGGAGGUGCAGACCUACCAGCCGCCCUGGAAGGCCCUCAGCGAGUUCGCCCUGCAGAGUGAUCUGGACCAGCCGUCCUUUCAACAACUGGUGUCUUUCUCGGAAUCGGGUUCAUUGGGAAACUCAUCCGGCAGCGACGUGACUUCUCUGUCAUCGCACUUACCCGACACCCCGAACAGCAUGGUACCCAGUCCGGUGGAGACGUGAGACCGAGCCACCAGCCUCGGUCCCAGGCCUAGCAUGUUCCCGCCCCGGUCCCCGGUCCCCUGCAUGUGACCAGCUCAUCACAGCGUCCUAAAGACAGAGGAGUCGUUUCGGACAUGGAGGAGAAAAUGACAUAUUCUAAAUGUUGAACAAUUACCUAACGGCACUAUAAAGCAACGCGAACGAAAGCCCUUCUUCUUUAAGACUCAGUUCAGCAGUUUUGAGGAUAUCAGUGACAAAAGAAAAACCGAACUUCGUUGCAUGAACCGAAAGAAGAUAGAAGAUUCUCGUGAUGGAUUUACAAAACAGCCUCCAUAUUACAUUGGAGCCAUUUGAUGUCGAACCAGAUGGACAUUCUGCAAUUCAUUGUGAACAUAUCGUCUCUUGGUUUCUUUAUGUGAUUUUUGAUACAUUUAUUUCGUUAUCAAGUCCAUAGACUCGUGUGUUUGUCUUAAAAAGGAGCAUGAUUUCCGAAGAUUAUAUAAAACAGAUUCUUGUUGUUAAAUAUUUGAUCUUAAUAGGAAAAGGGCAGGUUGUUUGAGCCUCUCUAACAAAAGUAAGUUAUUGUUAUUUAUUGUCAGGACAACGAUUCAUAAAGGAAGUAAUAACUGAUCAAAAAUAAACUGUUAAAUCUUUAUAA